AUGAACCACUGAACUCCCAUAGAUCAAAAUAGGAGAGACAUGGCAACGGGGAAAGGCAUAGUAUGUGUAACAGGAGGUACAGGGUUCAUAGGAUCUUGGAUAAUUUUGAGGCUUCUUGAUCAUGGCUACUCUGUCAGAACCACCGUUAGAUCCCAUCCUGAGCAGAAGAAAGACCUCAGCUUCCUCACGAGUCUACCAGGAGCAUCAGAAAGGCUCCAAAUCUUCUAUGCAGAUCUCAGCAACCCCGAAAGUUUCGAUGCAGCCAUCGAAGGGUGCACGGGUGUCUUCCAUGUUGCCACUCCACUUAAUUUCGGAGAACCAGAGGAAAUAGUGACGAAAACAGCGGUGGAUGGAGCAAUAGGCAUCUUAAAAGCAUGUCUAAAGUCGAAAACAGUCAAGCGCGUUGUAUACACUUCCAGUGCAGCAACCGUCCAGUUUACAAGCAAUAAGGAUGUAGAAGAAGUCGAUGAGCGUUUUUGGAGCGACGUGGAUUACCUCAAAACUCUGAAGUCAUUUUGGAGCUCCUACGCCAUCUCCAAGACUUUGACUGAAAGGGCAGUCCUUGAAUUUUCAGACAAAAAUGGAUUGGAUGUUGUCACAGUGAUUCCUUCCUUUGUUGUCGGACCAUUCAUUUGUCCUAAGUUGCCUGGCUCUGUUCGGACCACAUUGGCUUUGGUUUUUGGUAACGAGGAAGAAUAUGCAUUUAUCUCCAACGUAUCUAUGGUUCAUGUGGAUGAUGUUGCCAGAGCUCAUAUUUUCCUGUUCGAACAUGGUGAUGCAAAAGGGAGGUAUAACUGUUCAUCAAAUGAGAUAACAAUUGAAAAAAUGGCUGAGUUGCUUUCUGCCAAAUACCCAGAAUUUAAAAUGCCCUCAAAAGAUUUUCUGAAGGAAAUUAAAGGGUAUAAAUUCCCAAGUAUGUCAUCAAAGAAGCUCUUGGAUUAUGGAUUUAAAUUUGAGCAUGGGGUUGAAGAAAUGUUUGGUGACGCAAUUCGAUGCUGUAAAGAAAAGGGUUAUCUGUAGAUUGUAGUUUGAUCUUCAACUCUAUGCUUCCUCUCCUCUGAAAAGAAAAGGAUUAUCUGUACACUGUAUGGUUAGAUUUUCGACUCUCUGAUGUGCUGCUAGAUAGUUAAGAAUAAAUAUCCUCUCUUCUGUUUA